CGUAGUGCAGACGAACUGCAAACGUCAAAAGUAUAUAGCUUCUUUCUAAUAUAAGGAUCAAUUUAACAAAAUACGUACACUAUUUCGUAUUUUACAUUAUCAGAGUCGAUCAUGAAUCCGCUUCACGCCGAUUCUAUACUGAGAUUUAAUCGUCGUUCAUCUACGAAUCGAAGUUGAUAAGUGGAAAUUGGUAUAACAAGCGUUUAAAGUUCGUUCAACCAAAGAAUCUCUCAUCAGUCGAUUCACUCCAAGGCAAUUGAAAAGCUUAGUGCUUCAAUAAAAUGCCUGCUCCACCUCCUCCGCCACCUAGUCUUCCAGAUGCACCAUCUAGGGAGAAAACUGAAGUACGUGAAUCUGAGACACUACCACCCUGGGCAAAAAUCACUCUAACUUCGGCAGAAGCUGAAAUCGAGAAGCUUAUAUCGAGAAAUGAACUCAAAGAUGCUGAGGUAACCUACUUCUGCCAGGUUCAACCAAUUCUCCAAGAUGGACCACAAUGCGGUCUUGUGGCUCUCGCGAUGGCGUCUCAAGAAUAUACGAAGCCAGUUUCAGUUAGUCAACUACUUGCAGAAGCUAGAGUGAGAGGAUUUACACAACACGGUGAAGUUUACAGCGUAGAUUAUAUGGGGACUCUGGCCGCCGAAUAUCUACCUGAACAUAGGCCAGAUAUUCUAGUAGACUUACAAACCUGUCCAGAUUCAAUGACCCAUGCUCUGGCCCACGGUGCAAUGGUUUUAAUCCCUUAUGAUUCGGAUUUCAAUCAUGCCCCGUGUUUAAAACGGGGGCACAAGGCACACUGGGCAUUGUUGGUGGGUUUAAUAUCAUCUAGGCAAGGUUAUUACAUUCUGGCGAGGCAUGGAAAGUCUCGUCAUCUGGCGUGUUGGCCUUUGAGAGAUUUGAUUGAGAGUAAUGGGAACCUGGAGGAAGAGGGUGCGGCAAGACAUGCAGGUGGCUACGUCGUGCCUAAAGGUGGAGUUGGCGGACAACGAGGUCUGCGUGGUAGAGCGCUGGCUCUCCAUCCGUAUAUCUAAAUAUUUAAAGAAAAAACAGAGAAAAAAUGAAAAAGAUAAAAGGUACGAAACGAAUUCAUGCGCUAUCGAUAACGUAAAAACCAAAAAAAGUUAUUUCAUCGUUCAAAUAAUAACAAUAACCCUAUUAAAAAAAUAUCUAGGUACUUCAAAUAAUGUUGUACAAUAUAUAAAAUUGUGCGAUCAAAAAAUCAUAACGACGAAAAAAAAAAUACUUAUCACUUUAGGGACUCGUUUAUUCGUUCAGAACCAAUUAUUGGUGAAUCGGGAGGGUUUUCAAUCACUAGAGUCUCAAAUGAUUUAAUUCAGCAAAUGUAACAAUAAAAAUUGUUGCUUAUAUGCCUGUCGCUCUCAUAUGACUUUACAACGCUUUAAUUGCUCAUAUUUUUGAUUUUUUCAAAACAAUACGACGGUCUUCACACAUUUGUCAACUCACGUUCUUGACAUCAAAAUAUAAUAAUGAGAUAUAAAAUAAAUAUGAAUAAUAAUAUUCAAAACGUAUUAGGUAGGUAUUCAAAGUAAAAUAAUUACUUAUUGUGCGAAUAAUAAAAUCGUAAUUGUUUGUGAAUUAAAAUUAGCGUGCGUAAAUAUCUCAAGAUGUGCAAGAUAAAUACGGCAUAUGAUUUCAUCGAAAAUCGAUGAUUCGAAAAAAAAUCGGAUUAAAAGCUCAGCGUUUUUAAAGAUCAAAGUUUUCUCAAGUGAUCAUUAAUUGUUUGUUAUCUGUUAAUUGUUAUUGUUCUUGUUAUUACUAUCAUUUUUAUUAUUAUCAUCAAUUAUUUAUUGUCACCAAAGGAAUUGGCUAAACCAAAUAAAUGAAUAAAAUUGUUUAAAACAAAUUUUUGUGCAAUCUGUGAUCAGUUCUUUUUCUGAUGCACUGAUUAAUUUCCUUUUUCUUAAUCUCUAAUGAUUAAUGCGUAAAGAAUAAUUGUAAUCUAGUCGUCAAGAAAAAUAUUGGUAAAAUAACAAUGUGGGCCGAGUAAAUUUCAAAGUAAUUCAUUCGGCGUGCUUAUUUAGGAAUUGAAACAAUAAAUAUUGAUAAAUGACUUACAUAGAAUAUAAAUAUCGCGAACAUAGUUGUACAUGAAUGUAAGUAAGAGAAAAGGAAAAGACAAAGAAUGUAAUUAUGAUAUUAAAUUAAUUACCUUAUGGCACUCAUAAGUCUGAUCAAAGAUACGUGGAAUUUUGUUUUGCUAUUCGAUCUAUAAUAUUUUACGCUACCGUGAAUCGAACGUGUAUGAAAAAAAGAUAAGUGUAAAAAUAAAAUGACUUUCUGAUUCA